CACAGACGGAAACUAAACUAAACAGGCCGACUAUAAUACUGAACAUUGACUAUGAAGAUAUGAAUGGAUGAAUGAAUGGAUGAGAGAUGGACAUUGUCACAUUUUCCUUUGGCGUUUGAAACAUGUUGAAACAUGUUUGAUUUAUGUAUGAGCGACGAUUCGCCAGUAUUCUUUUUUUCUGGCUUUUCUGCGGCUUGGCUGGCGUUGCAUUUCUUGAGAGAGAUUUUUUCUCUCUCUUUACUUAUUUUCUCUUUCGUGGAUAUCUGGAUUUGAUUUGCGAGGAAUACGAUUUGUAUUGGGUUCUUUCACGUGCUACUUCUCCGUGUUAAUACUGUAUGGAAUUGAAUGUCCAAAACCAUAAAAAUCUUCG